AUGCGGCAAGGGCCGUUUGGUCCUGACAGCGAGUUCAUGCGUUCGUUCCCAGCCAGCGAAAGGGAGGCACUUCUCAAGGCGUUGGAAGAGGAAGGCGUCCUGCCUCGGGAAGAUCUGGACUUGAUCACCGAUGAAGAACUGGACGAAUUGGCCAAGGAUGAAAAAGAGAUCAAGCGCGAAUCCCAGGAGAAAUCCACGUUAAAGGUCACUCUCGGCAUACCCGCGAGGGAUAAAAUCUAUGUCAAGCGCUUCAACCUGGCGCUACAAGAGGCGGAGAAGGGCCCGCCCAACGAGCGCAUCUACUUUGCACUCUGGAAGUGGUAUCUCCGAUGUCAACAGCAUGUGGCCAACUUUUCCAUCAUCAUUCCCGAAGAUGUCUGGCAUUUCCUCUGGAAGACGCAGAGCACUAAGUACUACAGACCAAAGCACCUGCAGAUGCUGGCGGGGGAUAUGAAUAAAGCCGAGGUGCCGUUGGAGGACAAGGAAUGGAUCCAAUACAUUGAUGCCCUGCGAGCCAACGGUGACAUUGCUGCCGCGGCCGAAACAUGGGAGGGACGGAGAUCUCGACUGGGGCUUAACGAUGACCUCGCCGAGGAAUUUUGGGUCGCUGGUAUCCAGAUAUAUGUUGAGUUGGGAAAACCGCACAAGGCACAAACCCUUGCCUUCGAAUGCUACGACCACACCACGCUUGUCGACCCAGAUGUCCUUGUCAUGGUUAUUUCUGCAUGGGCCAAGAGCCAGAACCCGACCGCCGCAGAAAGAGCAUGGUUCUGCUACUUGGAGCUACGAAGACGGCUGGAGAGCUCUGAAGAUGACGACACAAUUGUAGGUGUCCUAGGCCGGAUCAGCAGCGUCUUACUCGAUGCAGGCCGUACAGAGCUUGCUCUAGCGGUCUUCAAAGAUAUGUUUUUGCUCAGGGCCAGGUCACCGAGCGACUCCUGGAAGACCUUUCAGGAAGUCGCCAAACAGUCCCAGGGCGCACAGUCAUCAAGUGAAGAUAUGGUUAGUCGGAUUGGACUUGCGACACUGGCUGUCCUUCCGCGAUCGUUUCAUAACAAAUUCUUCUUCGCAUCGUGGAUCAAGUGGCUCCUGGGAGAGGAUAAGGUGGACGAAGCCGCUUUGGUGGUGGAGUUGAUGUAUGAGCGAGGAGUCAAACCUGAUGCUCGACAUCUAAACGGCCUCAUUGCGGCUUGGGUCCGCGCAGGAUCCCCCAGCGCGCGGCAGAAGGCCGAGAAUACUGCCUGGCUAAUGAUUCAAGCUCGUAUCGAUCUAGUACAGAGCCGACUCUCUCAAGAAGCCGGUACAGCACAAGCCAAACCGAGUGCUUCUCUUCCGGUGAAGCAGACGCCAUUUUUCCUUCGGCGAGGCGCACCAGCUGCUACCAUUGAGACGUUUUCGAUCCUCCUGUUACACUAUACCCGGCGGUCGGACUUUGUGAACGCGAAUCGUCUCACAGAUAUCAUGACCGUCUCGGCGCAAAUCAACCCCAACUCAUUCAUCAUGAACCAUUGGUUGUACGCAUCACUCCGGUUGGGGCGGAUUCCGGAUGUAUGGACGAAGUACUGUACGCUGAGGCAGUCGAUCGCGCCCGACCUCGAGACUUUUGCAGCGCUUUGGGACACCGCAAAGACCCACUACGGAUCACCUGCUGCUCAUAACCAGAGAUUCCCUGAUGCGCGAACCCUAUUUGCGGAGAUGCAAGAGUGGCUUGAAUCGCUGCAGCCCGAGAAGCGAGACUCUGCAAAGGACGAGUUUUCUGCCGAGUUCUACGAGCAGAUCAUCCGAUGUUUCUGCCUGUCGUAUGAUAUGCACGGGACACUCUGUGCUCUGUAUGGCUUACGCAACUCGUUCAACAUGUUGCCGCAUGAGGAAAUCACCCGCCUGAUCAUCAUGCAAGCCGCGCGUUCGUUUGCGACGGACUUUGCCCCGACUCCGCCGGGCGGCCGGAACCGGCGCAUUUCGAAGAGCUCACAAUAUCAGACCGCCGUGAAGACUCUUACGGAAAUCGUGGUCGCGAUGAUGGAUAAAAACAUGCAAGAAGCAGAGGCCGACCCAGAGGCGUUCAGCGAUCUUGAGAGCAGAGAGGCGAAGCAGCUCCGUUUGGAUGUGUUGGCAUCGUUUCUUUGCAUGGUCAUGGAAAAGACAUCGAAAGGAGGCGACGGUGACGGCGGCAUGGUGCAAGACGUCUUGGAAGCCGCUGCGCAGAUGAAGACUGCUGUUCCCACCGAUGUUCUCGACCGUCGUGAUUGGGACGACACUCAAGUCUGA